CUGGGAAUGUCUUCAUUUCUUCCUCAUUUUUGAAGGACAGUUUUCCCAAAUGUAGGAUUCUUGCUUGACAGCUUUUUUCCUUCAAUGCUUUAAACACAUGAACCCAUGCCUUCUAGCCUCCAAGGUUUCUGAUGAGAAGUCUCCUCACAACCUUAUCAGUGAAAAUAUGAUGAAAAGCAAUCUUCCUCUGAGCUUUAUAGAUGUUAAUAAUGAGCCUUAUCGUGUUUUACACAACACAACAUUUCCUUAUAUGUUGUAGCACCGUUUUGAGACCAGGAACUGGGUAUUUUAAGUGUAGACAUUACGAGGUGUAUACAAGCCAAAAUUACAGUUUUCUAAACUUGAAGUGAAAGGCCACUGAACCAUCUUAUAGAUUUUGAUUUCUAACAAAGUAAAUAUCAAUCUUGAAAAGCCCACACAAACAAACAAAAAGCCCAUUGGGGGUCUUUUUUUUUUAUUGAGUAAAGGGGUUUUGGGAAUAAAAAGUGAGGAAACCACUGUGGUCUCAGACAUCCCCAGCCAUGAUUGCAUACUUGGCCCAUUUCUUGCUGUGCCCUCACAAAGCCCCAUUGUGAAGUCAUGGCAAGACCUGUCUAUAUAAGACCCUGGCUCGGCUGGGUGUUUGGUCUUUACAGCCCAGGAAGCUUUGGUGACCUGUUGGCCUUUGACCCUAGCUAGUUUGAUUUCGACUUCUCUUUUUUUCAUUUUGUUUAUUUAGUUUUUUAUUUUCAUUUUUCUUUUUUCUCUACUCCUUUUCUCUCCCAAUUUUUUUUUUGCCUUUUUCUGUUUUUACUUUUUUCUUUUUUUCUCCUUUUUUAGUUUUUCUUUUUCUCAAUUUUUCUUCGUUUCCUCCCUUCAUUUUCUUUGUGUGUGUGUGUGUGUGUGUGAGUGUGUGUGUGCGCGUGUGUGUGUUUUUCAUUUGUUUCUUUUGUGUUAGCGUUUUAGUACAGUUAGUAUAGUUCAUAUUGUUAGUACAGUUCAUAUUGUUAGUAUAGUUCAUAAGCAUAGUAUUGUUAGUAUUGGCAAAUUUUGUAGGUUGGUAUUGUUGGUUAGCAUAGUCCGUGUAAUUAGCAUUAUUUAGCGUUAGUAUAGUUAGUAGGUCACCAUGCUUCAGGGGCGUAAGGCCAUUACCGCUGGUGAGGAGGACACCUGUAUUUACGAGAUCCCCAAGACCACCAGUGAGGGCAGCGUCCCCACGAUGAAGCUGGCCCCGCACAUCCUAACCGGGAAGCAGUCUGAUGUGAAGUUCAUCAGGAAAACCCAGAAGGACCCCGCUGGCCUCCAGGGACUUUGUCGUGAAGCCCAGAAUAUGAAGACCUCAAGUCACCCAAGUAUUGUCGUGUCACUCGAGGUGAUCAACACCAAGAAAACGUUAGUCCUCCUUUCAAAAUAUGUAAGCAGAGACAAACUGUGUGAAGAUUUUACGCACCAUCGCCAAGUGACGGAGGAGGUUCCAGACAAAUUCUGCCAGCUGUUAUCGGUUGUGGAGUACUGCCACCAACAAGGUAUGAUCGGCGAGUAUCAGAAGCUGGAGACACUGCUUUUUGACAAGAAGCUGAAGCAAAGGGACGACACCCCUUCCGCAAACGCUUGGAGCCUGGGGGUGGUUUGGUACUGCUUGGCCACCGGGUUUGAGCCGUUUGAGGGGGAAGUCUUCUGGGAAGCGGAACGAAAUAUCGAAAACAGGGAACACAGUGCUUUGAUUUUCAUGUCCCUGGAGAGUGAAAACAUGUGGUACACGUUGACAACUAUCCAGCCCACGAUCAGGACACCAAACAGAGUCCGCUGCUGGGGCUCCAUCCCAACCUGUUCCACCACAGGCCUGUCUUCAGAACGGAGUAGUCUGACCUCCGAAGGGACCAGCAUAGUGACCACGAUUAGCAGGCCCAGAUGCAACUCACCAGCCACAAACUCCAACACCAGCAGUGAAUGCAGGCAGCCAGGGAGGAUGUCCCUAGAGCCAAAAAAUCAGGUUCUCAAAGCUCUUGAUAAAUUCAAAAAUUUAUUCAAAAAGAACAAUAAAAUAGAACCCCAAAAAAAUGCAAAUAAAUGAGAGCCAUAAGAGAGCCACGUGUCCGUGCCUUUAUUUUAUUUUG